AUGAGAGUGGUAGCAGCAAUAUUAUACAUUGCUCUCGCAAUUUGCAGCCUUGGAGUCCAAGGCAACGUCCCGGCCUAUUCCUCCAUCUCCUUCAAUGCGGCAGGUGCCACCGCGGCCACAUACAGAGACUUCCUAGGGGAACUGCGAGCACUCGUGUCACGGGGAACUCGUACAGUAAAUGGUCUACCAGUGCUGAACCUCGAAAGUGAAGUGUCGGCUGGGAACCGGUUCGUUCUGGUCGGUCUUAUCAAUGGCAACUACAGAGUCACCUUGGCAAUAGAUGCGGUGAACCUUUAUUUGGUGGCUUUUAGCGGUGCAAGUAACAAAUCCUUUUUUUUCAAAGACGCUACCACACUUCAACUCAACAAUUUAUUCGUCGGCACCAGUCAAACCAAGUUAAGCUACAACAGCAACUAUGUCAGCCUCGAGAACCAGUCAGGAGUUAAGAGGGACGAACUCCCUCUGGGACCAACUCCCCUAACUGAGGCCAUCACAAGUUUGUCGAAGGGUGAGAGCGUAGCCAAACCGCUCCUUGUGGUCAUUCAGAUGGUCUCGGAAGCGGCAAGGUUCAAAUACAUCGAGGAACAAGUCCGCCAAAGCAUAACCGCUGGAAACACUUUUACACCAAAAGGUUUGAUCGUGAGCAUGCAGAACGAAUGGGGGUCUAUGUCCAAGCAAGUUCUGCUUUCGCCAGAUGGAGAACGCUUCAUUAACAGCGUUCAGCUUCUAGAUGACAAUUACAAGACCCUCAUAAUAAACGACUUUUCUACACUCAGUCGCUAUACCAUGAUAGCGAUUCUUCUCGGCAGCAAGCUUACUACUAGUAGUUAUAGCAAUAUUGCUCUUGCCGAGGAUUUCGUCGACAACGAAUUGCUCAAACUCUGA